GCGCGUGCAUCAUUGAUGAGUGAGUAUAGCCGCGAAGCCACGGCGAUCCUGGGCACCCUUGGUCCCUUCUCCUUUUCGGGAUGCACUCUUCGUGGCCCUUGCGCCAAUCAAGCCCAAUUUCGUCGUAAAUAACGUAGUAUUGACUUCAUGCGAGGGCAGUGACUCUGGAGGGCGGUCGACCUAUUCGACUAGAAGGAAGAAGGCUUAGACCGGGGACGGUAGUCGUCGUCUGUGAAAGGGAACUAUCAAACUACUAGGAGGGAUACAGGGUUGGAUUGUGAAUGCUAAGAGGAGGGUUGGCUAUUAGAGAAGGAGAGGUGUUUUCGAGCUAUGGCGUCUCGUCGGGCUGCAAUUUUGGCCCGUAGAGGAGCUAGCUGUAUUUCGUCAUCGAGGCGGGGCGGGGCUAAACCUGUAUGCUCCACCGGGGAGCUUUUGGAAUGCAGUUUCCAAAGUGGAGAGUUCUCUGCGGAACGUAGGUUUUCUACAGUGCCUUCCUUCAAUGGGCGUGUCGAACGUGCGGCUGAUCUUUCCUCAAGGUUCACUCUCCAGUCUAAAUCUCCAACGGUGCCCAAGAACUAUUCCAGAGGACAAAAAUCAUCUCUACAUGCUUCAAGUGUUAACUCUGUCAUGGAAAUUGGGAUGCCAUCACUUUCACCGACCAUGACCCAGGGUAACAUAGCUGUUUGGCGGAAGAAAGAGGGAGAUGAAGUUGUCGCGGGAGAUGUUCUGUGUGAAAUUGAGACGGAUAAGGCAACACUAGAGAUGGAAUCUAUGGAAGAUGGAUUCCUUGGCAAAAUUCUAGUUAAAGAUGGAGCGAAGGACAUCCCAGUCGGCCAGGCUAUCUGUUUGAUGGUAGACACAAAGGAGGAAUUGGAAUCAAUUGGUGACUACAAGCCUUCAGGUGGUGGUGGUGAUUCCUCGCCGCCACCAAAGAAAGAGGAGUCAACUCCAUCUCCUCCUCCUCCUCCCUCUAAGAAGCAAGACAAGUCUGAACCUACACCAUCGAAGCCUGGUCAUGCUACUCCAAGUCCUCCAUCUGGUGGAAAUCGUAUUUUUGCAACUCCUGCAGCGAGAAAGUUUGCGGAGGAGAAGAAAUUGUCCUUGACUAGCAUCGAGGGGACAGGUCCAGAUGGAGGAAUCGUAAAGGCUGAUGUUGAGGCGUAUUUAGCAUCAAAACCUUUUCCUUCAGAAAAGUCAGUGUCUAGAACAGACCAACAUGUUUCUGGUGGAGCCCCACCGAAAGGAGUUGCUCCAAUUGACGAUUUGAGCUACACUGAUAUUCCAAAUACUCAGAUCAGAAGGAUUACAGCGAAACGUCUACUGCAGUCAAAGCAAACCAUACCUCACUACUAUCUUAGCCUUGACAUACGUGUUGACAAGCUUCUUCAGCUACGAGGUGAUUUGAAUGCUUCAUUGGAUGCAUCGAAGAAGAAGGAUGCUCCAACCAAGAAAUUGUCGCUAAACGACUUCGUCAUUAAGGCUGCAGCCUUGGCACUGCAGAAGGUUCCAGAAGUCAAUAGUACCUGGACUGAUGAAUACAUUAGGCAGUACCAUAAUGUCAACAUCAGUGUUGCUGUCCAGACUGAGCACGGACUGAUGGUCCCUGUUGUUAAGGAUGCGGAUAAGAAGGGUUUGGCCACAAUUACAGAGGAUGUGAAGACAUUAGCAGGCAAGGCCAGGUCGAAUACAAUGAAGCCCAGUGACUACGAGGGUGGAACAUUUACAAUCUCCAAUUUGGGAGGACCUUUUGGGAUUAAACAAUUUUGUGCUAUCAUCAAUCCUCCUCAAGCAGCCAUUCUUGCUGUUGGGACUACUGAGAAGCGGUUGGUGCCAGGACUUACACCAGAUCAAUAUGACGUCGGCACUUUUAUGACUGUUACAAUGAGCUGUGAUCAUCGUGUUAUUGAUGGUGCUGUGGGUGCACAAUGGUUGGGAGCGUUCAAGUCCUAUAUUGAGGACCCUGUUACUCUUAUGCUGUGAGGAUGCUCCUAUUACUAUAUUCUGUCAGCAGAACUGGGCUACUUUCUUGCUGUAGUAAUCGAUAGUCAUGUGACGUGAUUCAGCGUUACUGCUGUCUUGGGAAGCACUUGCAUAAUCUGACUACGAUUAGUUUACCAGAGCUCUUGUGCUUGGCAUGCCGACUGGUAUAGAAUGCUUUUUUAAUAAAAUUAUAUGAAGGCGCCUAUCAGUUUAAGUACAUUGUACCAAACAAUGAGGACGAAUCUGCUAGAUGAAUCUUCUCUAAUACAUAUUUUCAUAGGUAUUCAUCAACCCAUGUCAUCGUACAGCGCUAUGAUGUGGAAGUUAUAUUUUUUUAGUUGGGAUUAUCUUACAAGGCUGGGUA